AUGUUUUGGUAUUUGACAAAAAAAGUUGACAGCGAUGACAGACAGAGGAGAGAUAUGGUGAAACAACUAACAUUCUACAGUAAACAAUGGAGGGGUCAAUUUUGGAAUCCGGAAAUGCUUCCUAUAUUUGAUCUAGCUAAAUUCCGGAUAGUGGAAUAUUGCAGAAUUUCUGAAACCUUACAAAUAUCUCUACAACAAAUACCAUGCAAUGUAAUUAGCAUAUGCUAUACGCAAAAUAUUAGCUGUGAAAUUUGCAAAAAUUUAUUCAAUGUAGCUGUUACGUUAUCAAGAAAUUCCACGGUAAGUUAA